CCUCUACCAGUCCAGGCUCACACUGAGAGUAGUUAAACCCAGCUGGGUUACAGAGCAAUGACUGGCCUCAUCGAGGGAAUUGAGAAGUUUGACAGUCCUAGAAGGGGACGAGGUCUCAGGGUUACCAGGCCCUUCAAAGUCGGAGAACUCCUGUUUUCCAGCCCCGCAUACUCAUAUGUGUUAUCGUUCAAAGAGAAAGGCAGCUACUGCGAUUUCUGCUUCAGCAGGAAAGAAGGCUUGGCAAGAUGUGGGAAGUGCAAGAAAGGUUUUUACUGCAAUGCAAAGUGCCAGAAAGGAGACUGGUCUAUGCACAAGCUGGAGUGUUCAGCUAUGAAUGCAUUUGGAGAGAACUGGUGCCCGUCAGAGACAACCCGCCUGGUGGCUCGAAUCCUGGCUAAGAAGCAGAAAAUGGUGAAAGAACGAUGUGUUUCAGAGAAGAUGUUGCUGAUUGAAGAGCUGCAGUCACAUCUAGAGGAUGAAGACAAUGAAAAAAGAGAGAGGACCGAGGCUGACAUUGCUGGACUCCAUCGAUUUUACCCCAAACAUUUGGAGGUGCCUGACCAAAAAGACUUGUUCACACUCUUUUCCCAGGUUGCCUGUAAUGGUUUUACAAUGGAAGAUGAUGAACUUUCCCACAUUGGUACUGCGGUCUAUCCAGAUGUGGCACUUAUAAACCACAGCUGUCUUCCUACCGUCAUAGUCACAUAUAACGGCACGUCGGCUGAAGUCCGGGCGGUACAGGACAUGAAGCUUGGAGAUGAAGUUCUCAUCAGCUACAUAGACCUCCUUUAUCCAACAGAUGAUCGUAAUAACAGGCUGAGGGAGUGCUAUUACUUCACCUGUGACUGCUUGGAAUGCAAAACCAAGUCCAAAGAUAAGGCAAAGCUGAAACUUCGUAAGCAGAGAGACCCAAUCGAGCCACAUGUGGUCAACAACAUGAUCUGCUAUGCCAGGAACACUGUCAGGGAAUUCCGGGCCUUUAAGCAUGUCAAAACUCCUAGUGAGCUGCUGGAGAUGUGUGAGCAGAGCUUGGAGAAAAUGGGAGCUGUCUUUGAUGACUCCAAUGUCUACAUGCUCCACAUGAUGUACCAGGCCAUGGGGGUUUGCAUUUACAUGCAGGAUGCAGAUGGAGCUAUCAGAUACGGCGAGAAGAUCCUCAAACCCUACAGUAAGCUGUAUCCGCCCUACUCGUUGAAUGUGUCCUCCAUGUAUCUGAAGAUGGGAAGAAUCUACAUGACAAUGGAGAGGCACUCAGAGGGCAUCAGUGCUCUCAAGAAGGCAAUGGCUGUAAUGGAGGUGGCUCAUGGAAAGAAUCACCCUUUCCUCAGAGAAUUGCGUAAAGAGAUUGGACAAAAGUGAAGACAACUUUGUGACUGGUUUGGUCCCAGAUUUUUCUUUGCUCGUGAAAAAAGCCGAAGAAUUUUUUUAUUUUCAAAAUAAAUUUUGUUUCAUGCAGCUAUUUAAAGUGUAGUAGUAAGCCAUUUUAAGGAUCUUAAGGAGUGAAAUUGUUUUUAACACACUGAUUUUAGAGUGAAACUGUUCACAAAUGUGCUUAAUAUUAAAGCCCUUCAACCACAAGGAGGUCUUCCAAGUUGCACUGUCAGUCCAAGUCAGUUGAGACUUUUAAUCAGUAGCAGUUUUUCAUUUUAGCUACGCUGGCAAUUUCCCAUGGACACAUUAGAAGGGGAGGCACACAUGCGGCAUGUUUAAUUAUAAUGCGCAUUGUUUUAAUUGUAAAUGGGUUAAGGGUGAAUGUUCUGCGGAUGCAGGACUUCAGAGAUGUGUGUGGGACACAACUGUGGUUAGAAUUAGGGGGCAAAAGGGAGCACUCGCCCAGGGUGGCAAUCAUGCAUGAACCACCACAGCUUCUUAUGAUCAGAACAUUUAAGGCAACACAUAUUGCAAAAACUUUCAACUUUUUCAUUUUAUGUUAAUUUUACUGUUUAAAUUGUUUUCUUGUAACUUUCCAAGAAACAUUUAUUCUCAGUUUCUAAUGUAUAGUUUUGGGUAAUUUGUCUUUGUUUUUAGUUUAACACCACUAGCAUGAUAUAUUUAUGUUUUACAUUUGCAGUUUGACCAUUUUAAGCAAAAAUCUGUUUAUGUAGAAUUGAUACUAUCGGCUCAAAAUAAGUGCAGACAUUCUGCAGAUCUGAGGAUGUUUGGCACAACCUGAAAUGUGACGUUCAAUGUGAGGUUUUGGGUCAUCCUGAUGUGCUCCACACUUUUUUUUUUUCAGAUGAAACACUUUAAAAAAAAAUCUUCAUUCCUUUAAAACAGAGUAUUAAUCUGUGAUGAAAAAUUGUUUAAACAUCAAUAUCAGUAGGUCAAAGUAGUAAAUAAUAAAGUAAUAAGUAACAUUUAAUAAAGGUGCUUCAAUCACAUCCAUGUCUACAACUGAAUAAAAUGAAGCACCUAAGCUUCUACAGAAAUUUGUGAAAUGAUGGGUGGCUUCCAGAAGCUUAAUGAAAUUAAGUGUGGUACCUUGAUAAGAUGCCACCUCCGCAGUCAAUCCAUCUGUAAAAUUUCCUCACUACCACAGAAAUCACCUCUUGUCAGCAGCCAGUUGAUACACACCUCCAAACCCUAUUCAGAUUAGAUUAUUUUAAGAACAAUGUUCACAUAGCUUCAUGGAAUGGGUUUCCAUGGCUACGCAGCUGCAUCCAAACCCUACAUCCCCAUGUGCAAUACAAAGCAUACGAUGCAGCGUUGUAAAGGAUGCUGCUACUGGAGCACUGGAGACAUGUUCUCAAAGAGAAAAAUCACCCGUCUGUGAUAAUCCAGGAGAAUGGUAUGUGCCUGACUGCUUUUUACUGAAUGUAAAGUUAUGCUGCAGGGAUGUUUUUAAAAUAAAAUGCCAAACUUUAACAUAUCCACUAAAUAUGACAUACAUGUAAUAUGCUAUUAAAGCAAUUGGAUUUAAUCUACA